AUACAGGAAGAAAGACGACGCUAGUGCUGCUGUUGCUCUGACGGUUGUCACUGUACCUGACCUGGUGCUGCUGCUGCUCCGCUCAUUCACCGACACACACGGACCAAAUCACUGCUCCACCAGUUUAGCAGUUAUGGCAGAGUUGGCGGGUCUGGUGCAGCGGCUGGAGGUGGCGGUGAGUCGUCUGGAGACCAUGUCAGGCCCCGGUGGCCCAGGUGGAGAUUCUGCUGGAGGAGUUGUAUCAGAGUACGUUGAGGCCUUUGAUGAGAUCGUGAAGGGUGCUGUGGCCCGGUACCUGUCUAUCAGCCAGAAGAUCGGUGGCGACGUCCAGAAACAUGCAGAGAUGGUAAUGCAGGUGUUCUCCAGUCAGAGACAACUCCUCGUAACAGCGUCUUCCUCCCAGAAGCCCUCUGAUGCGGUUAUUACGACUCUGCUGCAGCCCAUGUCCAAAGUGCUGCACCAGGUGCAGGCAUUCCGUGAGACGAACCGCACCUCGCCGCUCUUCAACCAUCUCUCAGCUGUCAGCGAGAGUGUUCCUGCUCUCGGAUGGGUCGCCAUGGCACCAAAACCGUGUCCCUAUGUUAAAGAGAUGCAGGACGCCGCCACCUUCUACACCAACCGCGUGCUCAAGGAGUACAAGGACAAGGACAUGACACAUGUGGACUGGGUGAAGGCAUACAUCGCCAUCUGGACUGAGCUGCAAAACUACAUCAAGAAGUACCACACAACAGGACUGACCUGGAGCAAGAGCGGUCCCGUAGCCUCAGCUACUGCAGCUGCUCCUGCACCUGCUGGUGGUUGUUGUCCUCCCCCACCCCCCCCAGGACCACCACCUCCUCCUAUGGACCUGAGUGGACCCUCUGAUGGUGGCAGUGCCGAUUCUGGUCCUAGUCGUAAUGCUUUGUUCGCGUCACUCAACAAGGGAGCCGACAUAACCAAGGGCCUGAAGCAUGUGAGCGAUAACGAGAAGACCCACAAGAAUCCUGGCCUGAGGGGUCAGGGAGCUAUUGUGCGUACUGGACCCAAACCCGCUGCUUCUUCCUCCCCCAAACCCGCUGCGUCCCCUGCUCCAGCCAAAACUCUGCCCCCAGUGUUGGAGCUGGAAGGGAAGAAGUGGAAAGUGGAAAACCAAGAGGGUGCACAGAAUCUGGUGAUCAACGACACUGAGCUGAAGCAAGUGGUUUAUGCUUUCAAGUGUAACAAAAGCACUCUGCAGGUCAAAGGCAAAAUUAACUCCAUCACCGUCGACAACUGUAAGAAGAUGGGCCUGGUGUUCGAUGAUGUCGUGGGCGUCGUAGAGAUCAUCAACUGCAAAGACGUUAAGAUCCAGGUCAUGGGUAAGGUCCCCAUCAUCUCCAUCAACAAGACGGACGGUUGCCACAUUUACCUAAGCAAAGACUCGCUGAACUGUGAGAUCGUCAGCGCCAAGAGCUCAGAGAUGAACAUCCUGAUUGUCAAGGAAGACGGAGAUUAUACGGAGUUUGCCGUUCCUGAGCAGUUCAAGACCGUCUGGGACGGCACCAAACUCGUCACCACAGCAUCAGAGAUCACCGGUUAGACGCAAGCGUGGAGAAAAUGGCCGCCUCUCCUCGACACAUCACCCCAAUGCCCGCCUGACUGUUCGACCACCCCACCAACUCACUAUCAACGUUGUAGACUGAGAUUUGGACCUCAUGUGUUCCACCCCCCCUUCCCUGUCAGCCAAUCACAGCUUCCGCUGUCCCUUCCAUAAGCCAAUGAGAGGAUUGCUUGCUUUACCUGCAGCAAAUCCUCCAGCCAAUCAGCAGGGAGCAGCUUGUUAUUCAAAUCAGAUUCCCUGUAAAUCCAAUGAGCACUUUCAAAAAUGAGUUUUGCCAACAGAUGGGAUGCGCUUGAUUUCUUUUUUUCCCCAAAAAAGAUAAACCGGUAGAAUAGCCAUCAUGGAAACAGAUGGUGAUUCGUCUGCAACAAAAGCAACUGCAUUCAAUCAGGCUCUUCUUAAAGUUGUGAUCUGAUUUUCUGCUUCAUUUUAGGGAAUGUUACAAAUGACAACAGCAUUUCUACACAGGAUAAUGGAUUCCAUGUUACCACCACCAUCGCUGAUGUAGACAGUAAAAUAAACAUCAUUGGAAGUCACCAAUUAUGCAUGUUAAACAUUCGUCAACUUUAAAAGCACAUAGAAAUAAGUAAGAAACACUUUGUGUGCAAAAUCAGUCUAUUUCACAUCGUAAAACGUUAACAAGUAGGAGAACAAGUAAUAAUUCCACGUGCUAUCCCUUUAUCCCACACAUCGGACAUUCCUGAGUUUUAAACAUUCCAUGUAAGAAAAAUUAAAAAUGUUUGCGGUAAAGAGCAAAGAGAUGUUGACACAGACGGAAGGAAAGAAUGAUGCAGAAAGACUAAAGACAAAAGAAAAUCACUGAUUAUUGUUAAAUGCUUCAUGUUCACCUCAGGCUCUAGAUUGAAAAUAUCUGCUGUAAUCACGUGUGUACAUAUAAAUAUGAUUCAUUUUGAAAUGGUCUUAAAUAUCAACAUCUCUUCACUCUUCCUCUGAGCGCUGUCUGCACUCUCUGAUGUUCAGCUCCUGGAGCUGUGACGCUCUUCACUCAUUUCCUUUUUUUUUUUUCUAUUGUCUUUCUUUUACCUUGUUAUUUUGGGUCCAACAAUCAGAGGUCUGCUCAUUAGUACUGGAAACAUCAUUAAAGGAAAUCUUGCAAUAAAA